AUUAUAUAUAUUUAUGGUUCGCAUGAUAGCCAAAGCCUGUCAAACUUGAACGGAUCUAGGGAGCAAUUUGCCCGUGCUUAGGAUGCAUAAGGGAACGUUUCCGCCGACGGCGUGGGUUUUAUUCAUACUGGUGUUUUCAAUUCUGAAGAUAAAAGUCGAUUGUCAAUGUGAAGACCAUCCUUGUGAUAAAUACGCAGAUUGCGUUGACCUUGGUGGUGAAGACUUGUUUUCAUGCGAAUGUCAAGAAUCGUAUGACGGAGAUGCAUAUGGGUGUCACACUUUAAUUGUCGACUUUGAAUCAUGCAUACCACCUGGUGGAGAGGAAGAGCACAAUUGGUUAGAAGGUAUUUAUCAUUACGAUCACAUUGACAUGGAAGAGGAUAUAGAUGGAAAUCUUCCUGUGCCCCCGCGAGUCUGGGCAAAGGAUGAUGCAUCGAUGUUUAUUUACCAGGACGAAUAUACGAAAAUUUGGUAUAUUUCGAAUGUUUAUGAUAGUGCAGAAUAUCAAGCUGAAACUGCAGGAUCAUGGGCAACACCUGUAACGGACGAUUGGUCAUACAGUGACUUUUGGGGCACUGUUCAUGAUCACGCGCAUGGGUGCUACCCUGUACGAUGUGUUAAGAACUGUACUAGUGUAGAGUCCUGCAAAAUUGACGAACCAUGUGAGGACGAAAGUUGUACAAUAUCUGAUAUUGGAAAUGGAGACAUGGGAGUCAAUGACGACGGAUUUUGCCUUCCGAUCAUGGAGGUGUGUAAUCCUAUCCUGUAUCCCUGCCAUGGAGACGCAACAUGUGUUGUAGCAUUACAGUUAUCAGAACCUCCAUCUGAGAAAGUGAAACGGAAAAAGAGGAGUGAAGAUGAAAUCGGUUAUGCUGUGUGUCAGUGCGACCCAGGAUUCGAAGGAGAUGGUCAAACCUGCACUGCCACCACUACCACAACCUCAACCACUACCUCCACAACCUCCACUACCACCACAACCUCCACUACCACCACAACCUCCACCACAACCUCCACUACAACCACUACUACGGAAGCUCCACCUGAUCUCAUUGACGAUUCUACCACCACCAGCACCACUACUACCACUACUACGGAAGCUCCACCUGAUCUUAUUGACGAUUCUACCACCACCAGCACUACUACUACCACUACUACGGAAGCUCCACCUGAUCUUAUUGACGAUUCUACCACCACCAGCACCACUACCAGCACUACUACCUCCACUACAACGGAAGCUCCAACCACAACAGAAGCUGCUGAUAUCAUGGACGAUUCUACCACCACGAGCACUACUACUACCACUACUACGGAAGCUCCAACCACAACAGAAGCUGCUGAUAUCAUUGAAAUUGCUACCACCAGCACUUCCACUGAUGUCAUGGAAAAUGCUACAACAACGGAUGUUACUGCAACCACUACAACCACGGAAGGUCCUGCAACCUCAGACGCUGCUACAACAACAGGAUAUGUUAACGCCACUGGAUCUGUUAACACAACGGGAUCUGUUAAUACGACGGGAUCAGGAGCAAAUGAUGGUUUUCAGUCUGCAGGGGGGAACAUAGUGACCCUCCCUAGUGGAUGGUUCCCACUCCCAGGUGGUUCAGGAGCCAGCUGUACUACCGUUUCUCUGACAAUAAUGGUUCUGCUGGCAUCGAUCUCGCAAUGGUAUAAUAUCUAACAAUUCAUGUGCUAGACGUCACUGCCUGCGUAUAUGUGGUCUCACAUUGGUAUAAUAUUUAACAAUUAAUGUACUGGACGUCACUGUCUGCGUAUAUGUGAUUUCGAAUUGGUAAAUAUGAUCUCACAUUGGUAAUUUUAAAAUGGCCAGAUUUAGAUUAGCAAACCAUAAUUUAAGAAUUGAAA